AUGAUUUUACUAGCGUAUUUAGUUGAAAGUCUGUUUUUCAUUCCCAAUUAUUCUCUGUCAUUGCCUCAAAUUGGUGGUGGUGACAGCAAGCAGCCAGAUUAUGUGAAUUUAAAAUUCAAAAAGACAUAUGGGGACUCAUUUGAAGGAUCAACGACAUGGUCUGCCCUUGCAAAGAGGACUCGAGGUUAUGAACUAGUAGAUUUAGUCAAUAGACAAAAUUUUUACUCCGUGGAUUUGGAUAUUGGCACUCCGUCACAAACAAUCACGGUGCUUGUCGAUACAGGGUCCUCAGAUCUGUGGGUGACAGGCUCCGACAAUCCAUAUUGUGUCAGUGUUAAAUCCAAUCUAGUCAGCUCUACAAACAAGUUUGAUUGUAACACAUAUGGUACAUUCGAUAAGAAUCAAUCCUCCACGUGGUCAUCAAAUGAUACAUUAUUUUCCAUCACGUAUGGUGAUACCAGUUUUGCCAGGGGCACUUGGGGACAAGAUAAACUACAUUUAGACGAUUUGGACGUCAGUGGUCUUUCAUUUGCCGUGGCCAAUGUGACAAACUCUACCGUCGGUGUCCUGGGGAUAGGUUUACCUGGAUUAGAGGUAACGUAUAUCAAUGCUCCAAGAAAUAGAUACCAAUACGAUAAUUUUCCCAUGAUUUUGAAGAAUAGUGGUGCCACUCAUUCCAACCUUUACUCCUUGCAUUUAGACCACCCAGAAGCUGAACACGGUACCGUACUUUUUGGUGCCGUAGAUCACUCGAAGUACACGGGCAGUCUAUACACCAUCCCACUGGUGAACACACUGAAGACACAUGGGUUCUCUGAUCCAGCAAAAUUCGAAGUUACCUUGCAAGGCGUUGGUAUCGUCGCCAAUAAUACUCAGACUACGCUUACUAACACAAAGAUUGCAGCGCUACUAGACAGUGGCACCACGCUAACUUAUUUACCACAGGCUUUGGUACAAGUUAUCGCUGAUAGUAUCGGCGCCAGAUGGAGUAGCAGAUACGGCUAUUACAUAGUGUCCUGUAGGGCUGUGGAGAAUAGCGAUACUACACUGGUGUUUGACUUCGGUGGGUUCCAUAUCAACGGCAAACUCACUGAUUUUAUAGUAGAGACUUUUGGCAAUGUGUGUCUUCUCACAAUCAUUGAAGAAACAGGAAGCAACUCAGCAAUCCUAGGUGAUAAUUUUUUGAUCAAUGCAUAUGUGGUAUUCGACCUUGAAAACAACGAAAUCUCCAUGGCUCAGGCGCUUCACAAUGUGGACGACGACCAAGACAUUGAGAUUGUCACAAGUAAUGCAGGUGUCGCCAGUGCGGUGACAGCACUUGGAUAUUCAAGCACAUGGACAGCAGAACCAAGUACCAUUGAGACAUUUGCCGGUGACAUCUUCACGGUAUCUGCUGGGGCCACAGCAAACUACACCACAGCGAAAACUAGGCAAAGUAGCAGUGACACUGAAUCUAACACUGCCAGCACUUCAAUGAACCGCAAGAAUCUUGCCAACAUGAACGUGCCAUUCACAUUUUUAUAUUCUUUCCCACUCCUGGGUUCGAUCAUUGCAUGCAUUUUAUAA